CUUUUUUAUUCUUAUUCUUAGACGAAUUCACAUAUCAACUCAACUUCUCAAGCCCUCCAAUACUUCUCUCGAGCUUCACGACUUAGCUGGCGUCAGAGCUCACUUGCUACUCAGUUCUCAUCUAUCCCUGUGGCUGUGGACAGACGUCACUUGUUUACUGUUUAUGGAAGCAAUGAUAUCGACUUGGCUUUAUUCUGGAACAUCCCCAAAAUGAACCGUCGAGGGCACCACUUCAUCAUAGGCAUCAACUUGGCUGUCCAGCAGAAUCCAUUCCAGCCUAUUGAUCCGGUGGAUGAUCUCACAUUUGAUGCGGAUGGAAAUAUUGUCGAAGGGGCCGAAGCUGAAGCAACUGAGACUGCACGGAGAGCACUGUAUGAACAAACCAUGAGAGAUCAGGCGGCCCUUGUCCAAGCACUCACCAUGAACCCACAUUUCAAGGACGACAGUCCUGUCAAGAUCUUAAUGAAGAGUGAAGACACUAUAAAGCAUGACUUUGGGCAAACAAGACUAUGCAGUACACCUGUCAGAGUAGUAAUCAAGAACUGUUCCUGGAAUAGACAUAUUGCCUAUACACUGGAGAUGCUCUCUAGUAAAGACCCUAUGGUCCCUCAAACUCAACAAAAGUCAACAGCAGCAGCAGCAACGAUAGGUGGUAGUGGAGCCAUUGAAGGUAGCGGGGUUGCAGCCGGAACUGGAACUGGAGCUGCGGCCGCUGUUCAGGAUACAACCAAUCCUCAUGUCAAUGCACAUCCAUUCUUUUGGUCAGGACCAACAUUUAGUACAGGGUAUCUGGAACCUUUAGCAGAAAUUGAUAUUGUCUUUGUCGCAAGCUUUACAAAAUAUGGUGUUUAUGACAUCAACCGUUGGCGCCUGGCUGUGCAGGUUGUCAAGGCACAAAGAAAGAUAAAAAGAAAGAAUGGCUUCAAAUCCAGUAACAAUAACAAAAAGCAAGUGGCUCUCAAAUCAGUUGAAGAAGAGCAAGACGAAGAGGAGAGACAGGCCAUGCUUCCCCCGGAGACUCCGCAAAGCGUGGGCAAGGGGUUUAUGCAAAUGCCAAAUCUAGCUCAUUACAUCCAAAUUUCUUGAAAAUAAAUACGUUUCUGUCAAUGAAAUUGACAACAAUAAUCCAACCAGAAAUGAUAACAUGCA